AUGAAAAGGAUUUUUGGUUCGUUAACCCGUUCAGUGAAUAAGAAGUCAAUAGAUAAAGCCGUCAAACACACCGAAAAGAUAGACGAAGGCGAGUUAGAAUUUUACUUCAUGUGCCUCACGACCUAUGAAAAUGUAAUCAUAAUAUUACAGGUGACGGUUGCUGCACCAAAAUAUCCCACCGAGAAGAAAUAUUUUGAUAACGCCCAAAAGAAUGUUGAAGUUAAAAAGGUGGGCUCUAUGGGUUUUCCUUUACCUUUGCCGUCAUGGGAAAGUGAAUGGUUGCAUCGAAAUGAUCCGGUAUGGGAAUAUGGGUUUUAUGAGCCGCCAGAGGAGAAAAUGCCAAAAGGAAAAUUGAUGUUCCGUGAAGCGCUAGAAGUCAUGCGAGCAAAGCUAGAGUUACAAGCAAGUUUGGAAUUCGAUCGACCCCAGAAAUUUGAAGCUGAAAAAAUACUUCAAGAGCAUCCGGCAGUCAGUCGAGUUGAACAAGAGAAACUCGAUCGUAUGUGGAAAUAUUUCAGACCGUUCGAAAGGAGGGAUGAGCAAAAGGUGGUGCGACUUUCCGAUUUGGCCGCAUUGCAAGAGGCGAUGCACGGUUAUUCAGAUGAAACAUCAUUGACUGAUGGUUUCCGCAGUAAUUUUAAGAAGAUGUUGGAGCAAAAUUCGAAUGCAAAAGAAGCCUUCCUGAAGCUUGAAGAGGAAGAGCAAAAGUUGUUCUUAGAGGCUGUUAAAGAACAACGAGAGUCCGAGCGUAAAAGAUUGGUUGAACGGCUGGCUGAAAUCGAAUCGGUUUGCUAA